AGGAUAACUUCAUUUAGAAAUAUGGUCAUAAAUGUUAAAAAACAAAUUUCUUUUUGAAUUCAAAAAGAGAACUCCUAAAAUUUAGGAUUUUUUUCCCUUCACGUUCAAAAAAGAAAUUACAGUUACUGUUUAUCUCUAAAUUUUAUCUUUUUUAUUUGUUUGAAAAAUAAAAAUAUAUAUUUUUAAAUUAUAAUAAAUGCAAAUUAUUAACCUUUACCUAAAAAAAUAAAAGAAAAUUUGAGUUCAUGCAUGAGUGCGUGCUCAAAGACUAAUAAUUGUCCUAAGUAAAUAAUAUAUAUUAUACGUGGCAAGUGUUGUCAGCGAUAAGCAUCCUAACGGGUCUAGACCCCAAGUGGGUUCAUAUAAGUAGACGUUAACAUCAAAAUGGGAGGAAAAAAAAAAAAACCGUGUGGAGAAGAGAGCAAGAAAGAGAGACAAAGAGAGAAGUGUUGGUGCAAACAAGAAGUAAAGCCUUGACUUGAGAUUUGAGAAUUUCGUGGAGGAUUAGCUUGGAAAUGAAGAGAUUAAGAGACGAUGGUAGCUCUUCGCAGUCUGGUUUUUCACGUGGAGACUCAUGUAGUGGAGGCAGAGGAGGCAGUGAUCAAACAGAAAAUGAUGGCUUAACCUAUCUCAAGGUAGUGAAGGAAACGCUUCAAGACCAAAGAGAGAAAUAUGAGAUGUUCCUUAUGGUCAUGAAAUUUUUUUUUGCUCGAAGAACUGAUGCUUCUAGAGUCAUUGCCAAAGUGAAGAAAUUAUUUGAAGGGCAUAAUAACUUGAUUUCUGGGUUUAACAUCUUCUUGCCAAAGGCCCUUGACAUUAGUGAAUUUUGGAGAGCUAUAAUUAUGAUAAAGGAACGCUUUCAAAAUGAUUUAACUGUUUGUAUGAUAAUCUUAGACAUUCUAAAUGAGUUUCGGGAGGGGCACAAGGACAUAAAUACCGUCCACAAUCAGAUUUCCAUUCUUCUUAAUGGUCAUGCUGAUUUAAUUGAUGAGUUCACUAGAUUUCUUCCUAAAACUGAACCUGUUUCAGCAGAGAAAUGGGUGAGGGGGGUGUUUAGUGAUUUGAGACUUUUGAGGUGGAUUAGUUUGGAAAUGAAGAGAUUAGGAGACAGUGGUAGCUCUUCGCAAUCUAAGCAGCUGUCUGCUUCUUCGCGUUGUGAUUUCUAUGCGCAAUCCCAAGCCCCAGUAGAUGGUGGUGGUACUCUGGGGAAAGUAACAGCAAAUGACGGCUUGAACUAUCUCAAGGAAGUGAUGGAAACGUUUCGAGACCAAAGAGAGAAAUAUGACAUGUUCUGUAAGGUCGUGAAAGAUUUUAAGAAUCAAAGAAUUGGCAUUGUUGAUGUCACGAUCAGAGUGAUGGAAUUAUUUGAAGGGCAUAAUAACUUGAUUUCUGGAUUUAACAUCUUCUUACCAAAGGGGUAUGAAAUAGCCCUUGAGGUUGAUGAGGCUAUCAACAUUUUGACCAAUAUAGAGAAACGCUUUCAAAAUGAUGAACAAGUUUAUGUAGCAUUCUCAGACAUUUUAAAUGAGUUCUGGAAGGGGCGCAAGGACGUAUAUAAGGCCUACUAUGAGAUUUCCAUUCUUCUUAAGGGUCAUGCGGAUUUAAUGGAUGAGAUCAAUAGAUUUCUUUUUUCCAAAAGCUGAACGAGUUUCAGCAAAGAAUGUUGCAACACUAUCAUCAAAACGAUAGACAUUAUAAAGCAUUCGUAGACAUUUAAAAGAUGUACAGGAAGGAGCACAAGGACAAAACCAAGGUCUACAAUGAGGUUGCCACUAUUCUUUUUUAUGAUCAUCCGGAUUUUCUUGCUGAGUUCACCUUUCUACCACUAAGUAGCAUCACUUGUAGCACAUAAUGCCCCAUAUCUACGAAACUGGUUUUAGUAUUAUGAAAAGAGCUCUGGCAUGCCCACAUACAUGCGGAAAUAGUUAGCGUUAGGAUCCUUCCCAUUUGAAAUGGAUCCAUUUUACGGAUUGACACUCAAUGCACUUUCAAAUUCAGAAAGUAAAAAGUAACCUGAAACGUACUCAGAGCCUGUAACAUUCUUCAUUUUAUUCUUUUGAAUGGAGUCAUAAUAGUAAGCCUAUAAAUCUAUUUCUUUCAGCAUUCUAACAUUACUUCCCAUGUCAAUUAAAUUA